AGACUAUACGGUCAUAAGGUUCAGGUUUCACGAACAGGGACAGAAAUAAAACCGGGACCUGCGUGUUGUGUGCAGCUCGCGCGCUGCCAGACGGAAAUCCUAAAUCUUCAAGGAGCAACGGACAAACCGAGGACGUCGUCUUCCCGGCGUGUCUGUUGUGCUUUCUUCUCCAGCGGUCGGUGGACAGCAAGGCGCUCCAGGAGAGGCAGAGGCAGCAGAUGGCCAGAGGCCUCCCCAGACCGAAGCCCAUCGCCGGGGUCAAGCAGGUCAUCGUCGUGGCGUCGGGGAAAGGGGGCGUCGGCAAGUCCACCACCGCAGUGAAUUUAGCUCUCGGAAUACUGGCCAACGAUCCGCUCAAGUCGGUCGGCCUGCUGGACGCCGACGUUUACGGCCCGUCGAUCCCCAAACUGAUGAACCUGAAGGGAAACCCGGAGCUCAGCGAUAACAACCUGAUGAUCCCCCUGGUGAACUACGGGGUUCCUUGCAUGUCGAUGGGCUUCCUGGUGGACGACGUGGCUCCCAUCGUGUGGAGGGGGCUGAUGGUGAUGUCGGCGGUGGAGCGACUGCUCAGACAGGUGGACUGGGGCUCUCUGGACUACCUGGUGGUCGACAUGCCUCCUGGGACGGGAGACGUCCAGCUGUCUGUCACCCAGAACGUCCCAGUAGCAGGCGCCGUCAUCGUGUCGACGCCACAGGACAUCGCCCUGCUGGACGCCCGGCGAGGAGCCGAGAUGUUCAAGAAGGUCAACGUGCCGGUUCUCGGUCUGGUGCAGAACAUGAGCGUCUUCCAGUGUCCGCGCUGCAACCACCGGACUCACAUCUUCGGCUCCGACGGUGCCCGGCAACUGGCGGCCGCCAUGACGGUUGAGUUCCUGGGCGACGUUCCUCUCCAUCUGAGCAUCAGAGAAACGUCGGACAGAGGACAGCCGGUGGUCGUCUCCUUCCCCGACAGCCCCGAGGCGGAGGCGUACAGGAAGGUGGCGUCGGCUGUGGUCCGGCGACUGGAGGAAGUCAACACUUGAUUGGCUCAUGGAGACUCGUGUCAUGUGACACACAGAACGAACAAACAUGUGACACGUUUAUGUCGAGACACAUGCACACACACACACACAGACCUUUUUGCUGUUGUAACGACGACAGAGCAUGUGUAUGUGUUGGUUCUGUAGUUGUGAUGCAUGUGAUGCUGUUAUCUGUGAUGAUGUUCAAUGAACCAAUAAAACCUGCUCAGGAUUUUCAGAAAUUCAAA